GCCACACCCACCCCAGGGAGGAGAGCCCACUGCGGGCCGCUGCCCCUUGGGGUCAUACAGCAGGCGGCUGAGGGGGAUGGCGUGCCUGGGCUUCCUCCUCCCUGUGGCCUUGCUGCUCCUCCUCGUCAGCGCCGUGGCCCAGGGGAAGCACGGCGUGGUCCACGUGGUGUCGGAUACCUGGAGCAAAGACUAUUGCAUCCUGUUCAGCUCCGACUAUGUCACCCUGCCCCGGGACCUGCGCCACGCCCCACUCCUGCCCCUGCACGACGGCACCAAGGCAUCCUGGUGCCCAGGCGAGGACUCCUUCCAACAGGCCCGGCCCCGCUCCUCCAGACCGCAGCCCCUUCGCCACACCACCGCCAUGGCCAUGAGGGGCAACUGCAGCUUCCACGCCAAGGGCUGGCUGGCUCAGGGCCGAGGAGCCCACGGGCUGCUCAUCGUGAGCAGGGUCAGCGAGCAGCACUGCUCAGACACCAGCUCGGUGUCCCAGGACCCCCGCCGGCCCCUGCCCGACCUCGCCAUCCCUGUGGCUGUGCUUCGCUACACAGACAUGCUGGACAUCGUCAGGCACACGCACGGAGCCGCCACCGUCCGCGUGGCCAUGUACGCACCCCCAGAGCCCAUCAUCGACUACAACCUGGUGGUCAUCUUUGUCCUGGCCGUGGGCACCGUGGCGGUGGGUGGGUACUGGGCCGGGCUGAUGGAGGCCGCCUGGCUGCAGCGGCGCCGGGCCCGGGGAGGAGGGGGGCCUGACGGCCACCCGGCAGCGGCAGCGGAGGGGCCAGCAGGGCUCCACGAGGAUGCAAAUGACGAGGACUCUGCAGUGAACUUCACGCUGGCCGUCGCAGGCGCCGUGGUCACCAUGUCCUGCUCCAUCGUGGUUUUGCUCUACUUCUUCUACGACUACUUUGUCUAUGUCAUGAUUGGGAUCUUUGGCCUGGGUGCUGGCACCGGCCUCUACAGCUGCCUGGCGCCCCUGGUGCACCACCUGCCGCUGCAGCGCUAUCAGUGGCCCCUCCCUGGCCACCGGGCCCACCUGCAGCUGCCCCAGCUGCUGCUGGCGGGCCUGUGCACCCUGGUGACCCUCCUCUGGGUCACCUGCCGCAAUGAGGACCGCUGGGCGUGGCUUCUGCAGGACAUGCUGGGCAUAGCUUACUGCCUCUUCGUCCUGCGGCGAGUACGGCUGCCCACACUCAAGAACUGCACCUGCUUCCUGCUGGUCCUGCUGGCCUUUGACGUCUUUUUCGUCUUCAUCACACCCCUCUUCACCAAGACCGGUGACAGUAUCAUGCUGGAGAUCGCCUCUGGCCCAGCAGGUUCCUCGAGCCACGAGAAGCUGCCCAUGGUGCUCAAAGUGCCCCGGCUACGUGCCUCGGCCUUGACGCCCUGCGACCAGCCCUUCUCCAUCCUCGGCUUUGGUGAUAUUGUGGUCCCUGGCUUCCUGGUUGCCUACUGUCACCGCUUUGACGUGCACGUCCACUCUUAUCCGGUCUACUUUGUGGCCUGCACCGUGGCCUACGCCCUGGGCCUGAUGAUCACCUUCUUGGCCAUGGUUCUCAUGGAGAUGGGCCAGCCCGCCCUGCUCUACUUAGUGUCCAGCACCCUGCUCACCAGCCUUGCCGUGGCCGCCUACCGUCAAGAGCUCACCCUCUUCUGGACGGGCCGGAGCAGAGCUCAGACACCUGCUCAGCCCGUGGCAGAGCUCUGUGCUGUCCCUGAGGACUGCUCCGAGCAGAGACAGGAGGGCACGGCAGAGGGCCACACAGCCAGUGAGUUGGAGGGGGCCGCUGACCAGGGGGCAGGGGACUUGGACAGCAACUCUGGGGAGGACACGGGUGACAUGGUCACCAUAUCCGAGGAUGAAGUCACCAGUCAGGGGGGCCACAGUGAGAACUCUGAGGCCUGGAGUGAUGCCAACCUGGAUCCUGAUGACCUGCCCCCUGCCUCCUCCGCAGCUGCAGAGGACCUGCAGCCACUGAUGCCAGCAGCCCUGUGGGUCCCGCUGAUGCCUCCGCCCUCAGAGCUGGGCCACAUCCAUACUCAGGCCCAGGCCCAGGAGGCCAGCCUCCCCCGGACAGGGCUCCACAGGAGGAGGGGCUGGAAAGUGAAGAACAGUGUGUCGGCGCAGGCUUUCCUGUGAGCCAGAGCCCCGGGGACCUGUGCCUCCGAGAGGGCCGGCGCAGCACCGCAGAGCAAAGCACAUGCGGUGGGAAAGAUUGGGAUGAAGGAGAAACUCCGUAACUAGC